GUAUAACAUCAUUUAAUUCUUAGAUGCUUUGUAUUAGUUAUUCGAACAACUCGAGUUUCUAUCGUCAAAACAAAAUCGAUAGAUUCAUAGUUCUAUCCCCAUAUCCGAAUAUCCGUCUGUACAGUACUACAACCAGCUAAAAUAUCGACACUGUUAAAAAAAAAACAUUCAGAGAACAUCGUCGGCUGUUCUCCCGAACGCCUGUUAAUUUUGCUGACUCCACUUUUCUCAAUCAUCUUCACUGCACAGGCAGCACCUCCGAUGCGUGGAACCACGUGACCUUGCCGACGACCUCUCGUCUCGGCUCGGCAUUUAACAUCGUCCGUCAUCUGGUACAGUUUCGCAUUUACGUCGAAUUUGUUGACGGACCAUCGAGAUCAUCGUCACCGUCACCUCGUCAGGCGAGUGGAUCCGUUUUAGAUUCAUUUCGGACUCAUCGAGGGCUUCCGGAUCAGCUCGUGACACCGUCGAGAAUCCCGAUAGAUAUGAUACGAACUACGUUGAGCCUACGUAACGGGUUGGCACGCGCGAUCGUCUGUGGUUCUGUGCGAUUCGGCACUAGAUCUAUAGUCGUCCGGUGUCUUCACAGAAAACAUCAGCAGAGACUUCACAGUGCUUUGCGUUUCGUCUCGACACCAUGGCAGCAACAGCUCAGGUUUUAUGCCGAUUAUCCCGAUCACAUCAAGGUCCCACUUCCAGCGUUGUCUCCCACCAUGGAAACAGGAACGAUAAUCAGUUGGCAGAAGAAAGAGGGUGACAAAUUGAACGAAGGUGAUCUGUUAGCAGAGAUUGAAACAGAUAAAGCUACUAUGGGAUUUGAAACUCCCGAAGAAGGUUAUCUAGCCAAAAUCUUAGUACCUGCGGGAACAAAGAACGUACCUAUAGGCAAACUGGUUUGCAUUAUUGUACAAGACGAAUCUAACGUAGCUGCAUUCAAAGAUUUUAAAGAAGACACAGUAGCUGUGUCUCCUACACCAGCAGCUCCUGCAGUACCUACAUCACCACCUACAGCUGCACCGGCAGCACAAGCUACACCAGUUACCGCAAAAGUUCCUUCUAUUGCACCACCUUCCGGAGAAAGAAUAUACGCUAGUCCAUUAGCGAGAAGAUUAGCAGCUGAAAAAGGACUUAGUUUACAGGGUCUAACGGGAACAGGAUUAUAUGGGUCUAUAACAUCUAAAGAUUUGGAGGGUGCGGCGAUACAACCAGUACAACCGAUAACUGGGGUUGGCGCGCCAACUGGAGUAGAUAUCUCUGUGUCGAAUAUACGUGCGGUUAUUGCUAAACGCCUGUUGGAAAGCAAGCAGACGAUCCCGCAUUAUUACCUCUCGGUAGAUGUAAAAAUGGAUGCUGCAUUGGCGAUGCGAGAACAGUUUAAUAAAUUGUUAGAAAAAGAUAAGAUCAAAUUGAGCGUAAAUGACAUUAUCAUUAAAGGAAUAGCAAUGGCUUGUAAAAAAGUACCAGAAGGCAACAGCGCCUGGUUAGGAAAUGUAAUUCGACAAUAUAAUAACGUGGACGUUAGUGUAGCAGUGAGUACGGAUAGCGGUCUAAUCACUCCUAUAGUGUUUGGUGCCGAUACGAAGGGUAUAGUUCAAAUCAGUAAAGACGUGAAAGCGUUGGCCGCAAAGGCGAGGGAAGGAAAAUUAAAACCGCACGAGUUUCAAGGAGGAACGAUUACCGUGUCCAAUUUGGGCAUGUUUGGCAUUAAGAAUUUUUCAGCUAUAAUAAAUCCUCCACAGUCUAUCAUUCUUGCUAUUGGCACCACGGAAGCUAGACUGAUACCUGCCAAAAACGAGAGAGGUUUUACGACUGCCGAAUAUAUGUCUGUAACUGCCAGCUGCGAUCACCGUACUGUUGAUGGUGCGGUAGGCGCACAAUGGUUAGCCGCCUUUAAAGAUUUGAUGGAAAAUCCAACAACGAUGCUUUUAUAAAAUGUUACAUCGGAUAGAAAUAUGUUCUGUGCGCAACUAAAGAGAUGUUUAAAAGGCGAUACGUGGUAUACGUGGGUAUUUAUGAAUUAUUUCGCCGAGAUUGCUUCCAUAUUGAUUCAAAUUAAAAAAUCUUGAUUUUUGAAUUUUUCGAAACUUCAAAAAAAAUUAUAAUAUAGCAAACGUCUUUUGUUCUUAAGUAUAUAGAUGAGAAGGCUACUGUUUCAAUUCAGUAUAUACAUUCAAAGUUAUGUAAUAAUAAUUCGAAUUUGUCACUUUAUUUGACGAGAGAGAUUGAAAAAUUUCUGAACUUGUUAUCGCCUAGCAAAAUUUCCUCUAGAAGUGGUCAGGUGUACAUAUGUGUAUUUAUGAUAAUUAAUAAUUCAGCUGCACUGUGUUGCAGAAAAGAUGAUGACUACGUUUUAGUUAGGGGAAGUAACGAUAAGUGUCCGAAAUGUUUAUAGUAAAUAUAAUAAAAUGUAUAUCUCUUAUAUUUAAUAAAUUACCUCUCUUACGACAUA